GUCUAUAGCUAACAGGUGUUGCUUUCGUUGAUACUUCAAAUCGAAUCAAACUUUUUAAAGAGGUCAACUGUGUUUACGAGUCGGGCGUGAGUCAGUGUGCUCCAGUAUGUGCACGAUUACAAACUUGGUGAGCUGAUCAGGCAAUAGGAAACAAUAGACGAGUAUCUACAGGCAGUGAGUGGUUUCUUGUCGGCCAUAGGAAGAUCGAAGAUUUUAUUUUGUGUACCUGUCUUGUGAGAUUUGUAGUGAGCAAUGCGAUAGCUGUUGUGGUAAAACAGUUACACAAAGAAAAUGUCGAGAGAUGCUACUAGGAGAUCGGAGAACAGGUACUCAAGGCCAAUCCGCGAAGACGAGGCAGCACUUACCAGAGGGACCAAAUCCAAAACGAAGUCUUCUACUGACGCGCAUUCUGGCAAGUCAUCGGCCAACACACCUGAACACUCAGAUGGCCAGGUUUAUGCCAAAUCCCCUGCCAAAACUACUGAAGUGACGAAAUCGAAAGUAGGGAGUACAAACAAGGAAAAACAACCCAAAGGUGGUUUGGAAGCAAAUAGAAGUCAUGUGAUCGAAGAGACACCAUCACGUGAUAUGCCCCGGUCGCCUAGACGAGUCAGUGAUGUUGUUUCUCCACGUAGUUCGAAGACUAGGCGUGGUUCAGCGCCACAACAAACUGAAACUGAACUCAAGCCACCAGAGAGUGGUCAUGUUGCUAGGACACCAAGUCCACAUUUAGAGGAACCAACAGACGGGUUUCAGUGGGUAGAAAUUAACCAGAAAAAGACAAAGAAGAGGGGGAAAAUCGUCAAAGAUGAACACGUGGACCCAACUUCUUGCAUAAACUUUGCUUUUGAAUAUGACGAAGGCAGUUCGCCGAACUUCAGUCGAAAACAUCAAACGCAAGCAACAAGUUCUAAAACUAAAACGGAAAAUCCACCAGCCAAGAACAGUACUGGUGCUCUUCAAAUUGGGGAGUUCACAAAACACAGCGACGCUGAUUUAAAAAUAGCUCCUACGGCUGAAGUGAAGGGAAAACCCGCGAUGCAAACUUUGAAGGAGAAUGAAGAAAUAGCAAAGUUUAGAGAUUAUAACUACGGCGCUUGCUCUUCAAAUGGAAACUUCAAGCAAAAUUUCCCUGACUCAGAACCUCAACCCAAAUAUGCACCUGUUAGUUCUGAUUAUGCAGUAAAACAAAACAUUUUAAGAGAAAAUAUUCCCAAUAAACAAAACCAAUAUUUACAAGGUUCAGAAAACGAAAAAGACCAAUCUAUCGGGAACAAUUCAAAGACUAUUCAAGAAACCAGAGAAAUUGGUGAAAGUUUACCGGCAUCAAAACCGGCCCGCCGUCUGCCUUGUAUCAAAGUAAACGAAGAUUCCAGUUUCGCCGAGUCUAUCUCUCGAAGACCGACUGACUUUGGAGACAUACAGUCUACUCGCCCUCAGACCCGAAGCUUCUCUUUGACCCCGGAGAACAACCCGCUGAGCCAGUUCCAGAAAUCCUUGAAGUCCCCGCCCGAGGGUCGGUCCAAGCCCGAGACUCGGUCCCAGCCCGUGGGUCGGUCCCAGUCCAUGCGUCUGGCAUCAACUUCCGAUUUGCCGGAUAAGCCCAAGAAACUCCUGCACGAGCUGAGCUUUGCGGACACGGAAUACACUGACGGGAAGAACUACGGCGCGCUAAGGAGGAAGAACUCCAUACGGAAGAGGAGCGUCGUCCUGGAGACGGUCGACGAUAGCGAUGACGACAGUGUCAAGGAUCCAGGGUCAAGGGUUCCGGCCAAGUUCAAGGCCGAUCUCCUGCUGGUGAUGCAAGAGUUGCUGAACCGCGGCAAGGUCAAGCAGGUGGCGGUGGUGGAGCAGACGAGCAACGCCAUGCUGGUGUCCCUGCCCACGUGGGACCUCUCCAGCCAGGACCUCGUGGGGCUGGUCAAGGCGGUCACGUGCCCACAACAGCUGAUGCUGAAGCUGGCUAUCGGGCGUGAGGUGUACACGUGUUUCGCACACGGUAGCAACAAGCUGGUGGGGCGCAACGGGGAGAAGAUCCUGGUGACACAGAAGACCAACACAUGUGUUGUUGUGGGCGUGGCUGUGGACGACACACCUGGCUCCUGCAUGUACGAGGUGUCGGAGCUGUCCCGGGCGUUGAUUGACAAGGAGUGGUGAGGGCGUCGUGCCCGAAGGGGGGACCUUUAUCACGUGAUAUCUCAAACCUGAUGACGAGAAUUUUUUCUAUAAUAGUUUAUUUCUUUCCUUUCUUUUUGUCAUUUUUACAUCAAAAUGGUAACCUCUUUUCUAUUUACUCCAUUUUUUUUUUCGCUGAACAUUAGGGGUGACAUUUUUUAAAUUUCUUUUAAGUCUUCAUAAAUGACGUCACAUUUUAGCUACCCCGACCUCCACCCCAUCCAAAAAACAAUUUUUUUAAACAACCCUUUCAUACUAUAAUAUUGAUAAGGCUGUAUCAAUUAAGGUAGGGGCCUACACUUUUUUUUAAUAUUACGAAACAACCGAUAUAGUACGGUAUUAUAAUAUUUCUUUUUUUAAUUGUCAGUGUCCAUGAGCGUGAUGUCAGUUAUGAUCCUUACAUUUAACCCAAUAUGGCAUACUGUUGCCAUUCCGCAACAUAUUAUCGUGAGCACAAAAAGUGAGGUGUUCACGGGAGGAAGUAUAUGCUUGCAGUAAAGUAAAGUAAACGACUCUAAAUUUCUCCUUAUAAGCUCUCGCUAACAUCGUCAAUGUAUUUAUUCUGAUAACAUAAGUGUCAAAUUAUUCUACUUAACUUCAUGAUUUAAAAAAUCGACAUCCCUACACAUAUAGACAUAUAUGUAUGUAUACAUACAUA